UUCCGACUGCCACACUAACCGCAAAUUGGUCCACGCGACACUCGCUUUAUCGCCGCCAGAUCUUGACGUUUGGAGUCGCGGCGAAAGAGGGAAAGUGUUUUCCUGGAGGUGCAGGUGCUUUGCUCGAUCAGCGUCUGCUCGGUGUUUGUUGCUCUGCACGUCAAUGUGUGUGUUGACAAUGACUUUACGUUGAACUGCCCUGCAUUGUCUGAUCAGCGAGUCGGAAGGGUUUUCUCAUCCGGAAUUGCGUGGAAAAAUAACACAGAACUCGAAGGAGGCGAUCAAGAUACGCCUUCAAUCAUAAAGUGCAGUGUGUAAAAGGACUAGAAAACCACCCGUGCCUUCCCAUAGCCGCCAAGAGCUUACCGUCGCCAGCGGCCUCUAGCCAGCCCAAGGUUCCCCGCAGGCCGGUGACUUCGGAAGGGCGCCGACCACUCCGUGCGUCUUGGUCGGUCGCGGUGGUCGUCCUCGCCGCAGCGCUGGAGGGCAUGAACGGCAGCGGCGGCGGUGGCGGUGCCCUCGGCUACCCCACCACGGAGAAGGGCGCGCGGAAGCCCAAGUGCGCCCGCUGCAGGAACCACGGCAUGAUCAGCUGGCUCAAGGGACACAAACGCCAUUGCAAGUUCAAGGAUUGCACGUGUGCGCGAUGCAACCUCAUCGCCGAGCGCCAGAGAGUGAUGGCAGCGCAGACUCUGUUGCAGGUGGCCCUCAAGAGACAGCAGGCAGCCGAGGACGCCAUCGCCCUCACCCUCCGCGUCGCCGCCACGGGCACGACCUGCCCCUUCCUCCCCCAGGGCCCCAUCUACGGCCUCCCCGUCACUGAGCCGCACAUCAAGGACGGCGAGAUGGAAGGCGCCCUCGCGGAGGACGACUGCAGCAGCGACGUCAGCGUGUCGUCGCCCGGGCUCGUCGCGUCGCCCGCCAUGUCGCCCACCUCUACCUCAGGGUCCACUCUGCCCGACGACGAAGGGGCCACCGCCGCCGCUGCCGCAGCCGCCGCCGCCGCCGCCGUCUCCCGCACGCCGCCUAGCCUACCCGUCCACACCUCCGCCCACGUCACCGCCCACGUCACGUCGCACGUCACCACGCACGUCGCCAGCCACGUCACGGGCUCGCACAUCUCGCACCUGUCGGCGUCCACAAAGGCGCCGCAGGAGCCCUCCGCCGCGGAGGUCCCUGCCACGCCCGCCGUGCCACAGCAGGCCGCCAGCGCCGGCCCGGGCGUCGACAGCCAAAGGGCCGCCGAGGGCCGCGUGGAGCCGCCCGCCAGUCGCGAAGCCACCACGUCCAUGGAGUGCGAGAGCACGGCGGAGAUGCGCAAGGAGGACGCGGCCGGCGGCCUGGACGGCGUGGACAUCCUCAUGAGGAUCUUCCCCGGCGAGCGGCGCGGCGUCCUCGAGCUGGUCCUGGCGGGGUGCGGCGGGGACCUCCUGCGGGCGAUCGAGCACUUCCUGUCCGUGGGCGAGGUGAUGCGCCGCCCGUCCCCGGGGGUCGGCCUGCCUCGCGGCCUCCACGACCCGCCCAUGCAGCCCAUGUCUCCGCCCAAGCCGAGCCUCGGCAGCGCCAAGUCGGCCUUCACGCCGCUCUCGAGCGCCAGCCUCCCUCCGCCGGCGCACCAGAGCUCGUACCUCGGGCCGGGCGUGCCCCGCGCCUCGCUCUACGGCGACACGCGCUUCGGCCCCCCUCUCCUACCCCUCUCGUACCCGCCUCUGCUGCCCCCGCUGCUGCCCUGCCUCCCCCCCCUCCCCCUCCACCGCCACUACCCCCACGACUCGUCGCCCGACCCCGCCGAGCUCCCGGACGCCAUCCGAGGCCGGGACCCCGUCGCCGACUACAGCAUCCGCCACGACCUGCUCGUCCGCCCCGACCUCCGCCUCAACCUCGACCUCCGACCUGACCUCCGGCUGCGCUCGCCCGCCGCCGAGGACAGCGCCUGAGGAGCGCCGCCGCCAACAGACCUUCGUGUAAGUGAGUCUGGCCUGACGCGGCAAAUUCUCCCCGAGAUAUAAUAAAACGACAUAAAAAUAUAUAUCACUAUAAAGUUAGAAGUUUCAUCCUUUGUAGCGUAGCGCGGAUAACGAUUUAAUUUAAAUAUUGUAAUACCUUAUUAAAUGAUGCUAAUCCUCGUCUUUUUGAAACAUAAAUUUCAAUCGUAGGCCAUUAGACUUAGAAUUUUAAAAAAGUGUAUGGUGUAAGCAAAUAGUUCACGAUGAAAUCGCAGUGACAGACAUAAAGUAAAGUGAAGGGAAACAAAAACUUUUCUUCCUCUUUCUUCUUUCUGUUUUUUUUUUUUUCUACAUUCUAGGUCCCAAGCAGUCAGAAGGAAAUAUAUGAUAGUAACCAUACAAAAGUAUGUAUUACAGAUAGGUCUAUUUUAUUAUAUCAAGUUGACGUAUUUUCUGUAUAUUUUGAAGUAGACAAACUCCACUUCCCUAAACCAAUCCACAAAACUCCAUGUGGGUUACAGCAUUCUUGUAUUUUAACUUUUGCCGACCUCGUCAUUUAGGACACGAGGAUGGCAAAAGUGCGAUAUUCUCUUCAUUACCUUAACGAGAAUCAAAUUGUUCAAAGCGACAGUGUGUUCAGAUUCUUUUCAGCUCGAAUUGUAUUUUUUAUUGGUUUCCUUGAAGGAGAUGUUUAUACGUGUUGUCUGAUGAAAUAAAUGUUUGUUUCAUUUAACUGCUGUAUGAGGAUUGUACAUAUGUUAAUACUCAUAUACAUUUUAACCUGUCUGUUUGUUUAU